AUGCCCACCGCAGCAGGAAAAUACGUGCCGGAUCCUCGGCCUUGGGCGAUGAGACCAUUGCCGAUCGGGAAUCAUAGCAAUCUUUUGGAACAUGAUCAAGAGCUCUUGGCGGCGAACAAGGCCGAUUGCUACGACACACUAGAGCGGGGCAUGGACUCGAUGCUUGAGCAUCGUCGCAGUGUAUGGGUCUGUCACGUAUGUGAGAAGAAUGUGAGCAACCGAGGUCUCGACCAAGGCAGCAAGGAGAAGGGCGAAAAGGGAAACGAGGAGGAGCAGGAGUCCAUGUACAACGGCCUGACCCCAUGCGAGUUGUGCCGGAGUGCCUGGUACUGUUCCGAGCGAUGCCGCAAGAAAGACUGGCUGGUCCACAUCAUACUGUGCAGCCAGUACCAGUUCAUUCGGAAACUUCAGAAGCCGGCAUUGAAGAGCAAGGAGCCCAGAUGUAUCGGCAUUGAGCUCCCUGUGGAUGGAACGGCACCCAAGCCGAUUUGGAUCAGUUACGGGGGUGGAUUCAGCAACCGACCCCAGCAGCGCCAUGAUGGGAUUUUACGGACAACUUUUGUCUGGCGCCAGGAUCCCCUUUACAACCUCGGCGUCAUGAUGGGCGGCGCGCCGCAGUUCAUUAAGCUGGCCGGACCCUUUUGGGGCACGCGGCUAUACGUGGCGCGCCGGCAAAGCUCGUUGCUCCAUCCUGCCAACGAGUGCGUGACUCGCCUGCUGCGGAAGCUGGGUCCUGCGACGUUUGACUCGAUAAAAGGAUUCUUCGACCCCGACCAGCACAUGCAGGAGGAUAACCUUUUCUGGAAGGGGCCAAUUGUGCUGUUUCGGCGGACUGAGUUGUUCUUCUCGAUGAAGGCGGUGGAUGUGGGAGGCCCGCUCGGUGGACGUCAUAUCCGAACGCUCGAGGUGCAGAAGAUGGAGGACAUGACACUGGCGGAUCUCAGCUGGGCUCUCGAGUACCUGGCAUGGAGGCAGUUGGAGGUUGUGGAGCAUCCAGAGACGGCUAACCUGGUGCCAGAGGACUGGUCACAGUGGAUACGGUCUAAAUCAGAUGGGGAAGACCUGGAAGAGAUAGACAAGUGA